AUGAUGAUCGAUCGUGGAAGCCGCACCACUGUUCGUCCAACUAUCCACAUCACAGCACCUUACUGGAUAAAUGACCCCUGCGCCCCUGGUUAUGACCCCAAAUCCAAGCGUUACCAUCUUUUUUACCAAUGUAAUCCACGAGGAACUGAAUGGGGAAAUAUGUCCUGGGGCCAUGUAACCAGCCCUGAUCUACUCCAAUGGAACCGUUCGACCUACCAGCCGACCCUGAAGCCUGAUCAGGAAUAUGACAAGGAAGGAGUUUUCACAGGUUGUUUCGUACCACCGGAGGGUACGAUUGAAAGACACCUCACUGUCUUCUACUCCUCGGUCUGUCAUUUGCCUUUUCAUUGGAGCACACCUCCAUAUCCGCGAGGUGCUGCUGGUCUAGCCAUGGCCGUCUCCAGCGAUAAUGGGAGGACGUGGAGCAAGCCAUCAGAAAAUCCGAUUUUGAAAGGUGAGCCCGACGGUGUACAAGUGACAGGGUUCAGAGACCCUUAUAUUGCCGCUUGGCCAGCAAUGGAUGAGCUCCAAGGACGCGACUCACUUUAUGCUAUCGUUUCUGGUGGAGUUCAGGGCGCAGGGCCAACAGUGUUUCUGUAUGCUGUGUGCCCAGACAACUUGACUCAUUGGGAGUAUUUAGGCCCUUUAGUCAGUUUGCCAGAAAGAUUUCAGCAGUCGAAAAAUUGGUCAGGGAACUAUGGGAUAAAUUGGGAGUGUGCCAACUUCAUGACUCUCGAGAUAGAAUCGACGACGCGACAGUGUUUGAUUCUAGGAGCUGAGGGAGACGUGGAACGGGAUCAUAUUAAAGACCACCGACAACCUCUAGGUGGGCCAACGAGAACCGUUCGAUCCUUGUUGUGGAUGUUUGGAGACCUCACUAUGCAGCACAAUGGAGUGGAAUUUCAUUACAAGCUCGGCGGGUACCUCGAUCACGGCUCCUUGUACGCCGCAAAUUCUUUCAUUGAUCCUACAUCUGGGAGACGCAUCAUGCACGGUUGGAUACCGGAAGAGGACAUCACUUGCGACUAUGCCAGCCAGAAAGGCUGGAACGGUGCUAUGUGUAUUCCACGCGAGUUGUUCCUUCUGUGCCUGGACAACGUCACAGGGGCACUUUGCACCGAACUUUCAGAAAUCUCUAACGUGGAGAUAAUGAAUUACCCCGGUGGUUCAACAUCUUUGUACACCUUUGGAAUUCGCCCAAUCUCCGAGUUCAUGCUGCUCCGAGACGACUGCUCCCACACCUACCAGCGCGGCUCUUUCUGUCUUCCCCGCUUCCCACUGCGUCAUGACGAAAUUUGCACUAUCCAAACCCCAUGCUGGGAGCUAGAAGCCAUUAUCUCCGUCGGCUGUAACUGCGAUACCGUCGGAUUUUGUAUUGAAUCGGAGAAGAACUCUUUGGUUCGCUUGUCUAUUAUUUUUUCUAUUGUGGAAGGGGCCAUAAUAGUUGAUCGAUCCGCGUCGACCGCCAAUCCAGAGAUCAGCACGUUUCCAGAGAAAGGAAAAUUCACACUCUUUUACACUCAGCCUGAUAAAAUGGUGGACGAAUCGCAGCUAGAAAAACUGCGUCUCCGCGCUAUCUUCGAUGCUGAUAUUGUUGAAAUCUACGCAAAUGAUCGGUUCGCAUUGACAACAACUGUGUACUCUGGAUACUACAGGUCCGGAAGAAAAGUCUCAGCUUUUGCUACAGGGCGCGAACACAGCGCGUCAUUCGAAGAGGUCCGGGUGUGGGAUGGCCUGUAUCGAUGCAGGCUUUUGAAUAUUGAGCUCAGGUUUGCCACGAGGACCAAGACACCCGCCAUCAGGACGUUGGGCAAUAAGAGGACCUCGACAGAAGCAAACAUUAUCCCCAUCCCAAUUACUAUUACUCCAAAGGAUUUAGAAGUAACACGUGAUGUCACACAGCUUCGAUAUUACUUGCACCACGAGAAACUCGGGAGCCAGGUGGGUACGCUUCUUGCUUCUCGAGGCAAAAUCACGUCGGCCCUUUCAAAACUCCAUGAAUAUGCACUCGAAGUCUACCGCGCCGUUCUUGGCAGAGAGUAG